CUUCACGUGGGUUUAUCAAUUUCCCCUUCUCGUCCUAAAGCUAUUCAAUCAUUUUAUGUCAAUCCUCCCCUCCCAGACAGCCUGCACCAACCAUCUUCCAGACAACGCACGACACAUCCUAACUGAACGCCUCCCCACGCUCGGUCCAAGAUGGCCAUCAUCCGCGAUUUCCCCGGCGUCAAGGUCACCGUCCGAGUGGACGGCCGAGACGCCACUGAGUAUGAUGACCCGGAUGGGUUCGAAACCGACACCAACCGGAAAAACGCCCGUUGGCGCACCUUCCGCUACAUCGAAUCCAAGGACGACGCCUUCUUCUCUAUCCGCUAUCAGGUCGACAACAGCCAUCGCUGGGAGGGCCCUGACCACGCGUUCGCCUUGACCUUAUACGUCGACGGCAAACGUGCAGACGGCACCGUGUGCGAGGCCCAGCGCUUUCUCAAUCACGACCCAUUCUAUGUUUGGGAAGGCAUCAUUGAAGGCUCUCGCCAGAGGUCCAUUACUUCGAGCUAUGAUCGCCUCAACAAAUUCAAGUUCUCCAAGGUCACCACGUUUGAUGAUGCUGCAAAUGACCGGGUCAAGGCGGACACCGCAAAAGCAAAUCUAUUGGGCGUCAUUGAGGUGUUCAUCUAUCCCAUAAUCAUCACCGGGCCCUCAAGGUACACUAAUUCCAGACACUACCAUGAUGCGCAGGAUGGCAACUUUGAGAUUGCCGAGAAGGCUCUCAAGGGCCGCGCAGUCUCUCACGGCACCUCGUUCGCCGACGGUGGUAUUGUUUCUCGGAGGCCCACGGUAACUGCGGAAUAUCUCAAUAACUACAACCCGAUUGCGGCCUUCAGCUUCAAGUACCGCUCGCGAGACGCACUGCACAAGGAGUUGAUCAUUCCCAGAUCGCCGAGCCCUGAGCCCAUUGCCGGGUUGUCCGAGGCGGAAAUUCGCCGAUUGGCUGUGGAACGCCUCGACGAUAUCAACAAUCGCCGUAGCUCUCCAACCGUCAAGCGAGAGAGCCGCCGUCCAAUCAUCAAGCGAGAAUACACGGAGAUUCUCGACCUCACGGAAGAGCCCGCUAAGCGGGAGUGGAAAAAGAUCAAGAUCGAAGGCAACCGUGUGGCUAUUGACCUCACUGACGACUAGAUGCCUUUCUGUUUCCCCCAAAGUAUUUCCUUGACGACUGGCUGUCUACUAUUAUGACGGGAGGAUGGUUAAUGAUCACCACUCGCCCUCGGCCCGAAUUUCGUUUCCUUCCGGCGCGGUUCCAUGACUUCUUUUCUUAAUUAUCAAGCACUUCAGGGUCGUCCAACCAGCACCGGGCCGUCAGUCCACAAAAUUAAGAGUAUCGCCGGAC